CAACGUAGUCGCGUGUCACAAACCACUUGAUCCCAGGCACACAACAAUUGGACGGCACUACGAGACGCUUACGUUGUGCAGUUAACGGUAUCGUUUAAGACGAUCGGAAAACGAAAGGAACGAGACAGUCUCGAGCUGGACUUUGGUCCACAGUGUUUCCAGUCAAUUGUUAUCGUUUGAACUUCUAACCGGACCGAAAAUACGUUUCUUCGGCCAAAGACACUUUUCAAACGUUGGUCGAUCGGAUUUCCGCGAGAGAUGACUGCUCGAGAGAUGAAGAACGCGAUGAAUUUGAGCAAUUCCAUAAAGCCGACCGAACGGACGGCACUGAGGCCGAAACUGGAAACGUUCGACGAUGUUUUGCCGUACGUCGGCGAUUACGGCAGAUACCAAUGGCUGCUUCUGUUCUCGUUGCUGCCCUACGGAAUGAUUUACGCGUUUCUAUAUUUCUCGCAGUUCUUCAUAACGAUCAUACCAGCGGAACAUUGGUGCAAAAUCGACGAGCUGAUGGGCUCGAAUUUCACCCAGGAGGACAGGAUUCAAAUAGCAAUUCCACCGUCGAACGAGUAUCCUUAUUACGAUCGGUGUCUCCGCAAGGACGUGAACUUCACGGAGCUUCUAAAGUCCGGCGAGGAUCCGCGUUCAGUUCAAUUAUGGGCCAAUCGAACCACCCCAUGCACCAGUUGGGAGUAUAAUUAUACACAGAUCCCAUACGCCAGCGUGGGUACUGAGCUAGAUUGGGUAUGCGAGCGAGAAUACCUUGUGUCAACGGCCCAGGCGAUCUUCUUCUGCGGUUCGAUCGUGGGCGGUUUCCUGGUCGGUUGGAUCGCCGAUCACAAGGGUCGCAUCCCUGCGCUGAUGAUCUGCAACGGGCUCGCCCUUCUAAGCUCGAUCGCGACCGCGAACGCGAACAGCUUCUGGACAUUCUCGGCCAGCAGGUUCAUCACCGGAUUGGCGUUCGACAACUGUAUCAACAUUCCCCUGAUAAUCGUUUUGGAGUAUAUGGCAGUCUCGAAGCGCACCCUAGUCGUUAAUAUCGCGUUCGGUAUAUAUUUCGCCAUAGCCAGCACCAUUUUGCCCUGGAUAGCCUACUAUAUUUCAAACUGGAGAUAUUUCACUUACGUAAGCGCCUUGCCCCUCCUGUCUGUGUUCAUCACGCCAUGGAUUCUCCCAGAGAGUGCCCGAUGGUACGUUUCUAACGGGCAAAUGGACAAGGUUCUUGAGAAACUGCGAAGAAUAGCCAGGAUCAACCAGAGGAAGCCGGAUCCGCGCAUCUACGAAGUUUUUGUUGGAAAUCUGGAAACUUCAAGCAGGGUCCGUGAAACCGCGACGGUGUUCGAUCUCUUCAAAACACCCCGACUGGCAAGAAACACCAUCCUUCUGGCUCUAUUCUGGAAAGUACAAUGAAAAAAACCGUGUCUCACAGUGAUCGCGUUCGACGGCCAUAUUUACUCGUUGAAGCUUCUUCAGAGUUCGGUGUUCAUGUCGUUCUCCAUCGCUUGUUCCACGGAACUUCCGGCUGGUUUAUUGCUGACGCUGUUGCUGGACCGAUGGGGCCGUAGACUCUGUGGAUUUCUCACGCUGGCGAUCACCUGCCUCCUCAGCAUUGCCGAGCUCAUACUACAAUCCACGGCCGCGAAAUUGGCGAUGUCAGUGAUGUCACGAUUCUGUCUCAACAUGGCGGCGAACAUUGGCCUCCAAUACGCAGCGGAACUCUUGCCGACACCUGUUAGAUCACAGGGUGUAUCGCUGAUCCAUAUUUUCGGCAUUAUUGCGCACACUUUAGCCCCUUAUAUAAUCGACUCGGCAAAAGUUUGGGAAGGUUUUCCAAUGCUGAUAAUCAGCGCAGUGUCCUUUAUGGGCGCCGUGUUUGUCAUCUUUCUACCGGAAACUCUUGGUUACAAUCUUCCUCAGACCAUCAACCAGGGCGAGGAUUUCGGGAAAGACCAGAACUUCUGGUCGUUACCAUCUCAUCAAAAAUCAGAGUUCGAACGACCACGGCAUUACCAAUCUUGCGAACGAUAAUUAUCUAAUUCAUUCCGGGUAUUUUAACAGAGAACGCGAUGAGGUAAAAAAAAAAAAAAGGCGAAGGAUCGCGUUUCGUCUAACGAUAGGUAAAAUUCUAGCACAUUAGCCCGACGAUGUUAUGCGAAUUCGUGAUAUAUACCGAGGAUCCGAAUUCACAUUCGCGUUUACUGUUACUCUUUGUAUUUUACUUGUGUAUUUUAAGAGUUUAUUUUUUAAUAUUGUUCCUGUCUAGCGAUACGCGGAGCGAGAAUGGCUGAUAAGUUGUGUUCCUAUUCAGUGUUUACUUCUAGACGCUAUUUUAAGGAUACUUUUAAAUCCAACGCCGAGUCUUGUGAUAUACGCACCUUGGAGUGUUCAGUAGCUCUGGCACUUGCGAGACUUUAAACCCAACGAUAUUUAACGACCUAGUUUGAUAAGA